GACCAAUGGGAGUGAGGGGAAAUCCCCACCUCAUCCAAAAUCUUGACUAUACUCAUCACCCCCUCUUUCCCAACUCAUCCAAGGAUUUGAUCCAAACACUAAGAUCAUAUUUUCUCCAUCAAUCUAAUUUGAUCAUCAGUUUUAAUUUUCCAGUCUUUUUCUAAAAAAUAAUCCCAUUAUAUUCCUUCUUCAAACACCAAUAAUGGCUGCCGUGAACUCCAGUGUGCUGGCAUGCAGCAGCAGCUAUGCCGCCAUGUCAUCUCAGUUCAAUACAAGGAAUGGCUCAUCAUCAAUGGCAACUCCAAUUUCAACUUCUCCCAAACUGCCCCCCACAGUCAAGUGUGAGAAACAAGAAGCAAAACCUAUUUGUGCCGAAAUGGAGAAGGGCAGAAGAGCUGCCCUUCUUGCCCUUGCAUCUGCCCUAUUUGCCUCCACCUCUUCUGCAAAUGCCGGAAUCAUGGAGGACUAUCUUGAAAAAAGCAAAACCAACAAGGAAUUGAAUGACAAGAAGAGACUGGCCACAAGUGGUGCUAACUUUGCCAGAGCCUACACAGUUCAGUUUGGAACAUGCAAGUUUCCUGAAAACUUCACUGGCUGCCAAGACCUUGCCAAACAAAAGAGAGUGCCAUUCAUCAGCGACGACUUGGAAUUGGAGUGCGAAGGUAAGGAUAAAUACAAAUGCAAUUCCAAUGUUUUCUGGAAAUGGUGAAGUGUGUAAUCCUCUCAGCAUUCCUAGAGAAGCAUGCAUUUACAUACCAUUUCAAUUCGGAAUGAACAUGUUUUUUUCUAUUCCUUAAUGUAAAUCACACAAUCUAUGUUUCGUGAGAUACUUUCAGACACAUUUCCGAUG